GUAGUAAUCUUUUUGUCCUCUUGGAUUUGUCUCACAGGAAAUUCUCGAGAUGAAGGAAAAUCUGGAGAGGUUCUUGAAUGACACAGAAAGGAUCAUCACUGAGGAAGGAGCACUAGGAGAGGAGGAAGACUCUGUCGUGAAAAUUACGGUGACUGACCUCCGAAGUCCUCACGGUCGCCUGAGCAGGGAUGCCCAGAGAGAGAUCUUUGCUGUGAUGACCUUCGAAGGGAUUUUGAGGAUGGCCCCAGUCAAGAUUGAGCCCAACAAUCAAGUAACUGUGCCUCAUCUUGAGGAAGGCAUUCUCCCACCAAGAUGCUUUGUCAUAGAGCUGGAGUCCUUGAUACCAGGUGGGGGUCUCCUUCCCCUCCUCUUUUUCUCCUCCCCUUCCAAGGGGGUUACCUGGAUCUGGCAUAUGAAUCCAUCCCCCUGGGGAGGGUCAUCAUCAGGGUCACUGUUGAUGGCUUGA